AUGCAGCAUGAUCAAAGCAUUCUCUCGAUUGUAAAACUGAAUGUCGGCGGUCAUUACUUCACUACAAGUCUUCAAACACUGACCAAAGAUCCAAACUCAAUGCUGGCCGCCAUGUUCUCAGGGAAGUUUGAAAUGGAACCUCGUGGAGACGGCGCUUUCUUUAUCGACCGAGAUGGAACUCACUUCCGGUUUAUACUCAAUUAUCUUCGCACUGGUAAAUUAACUUUACCAGAUGGAGCAACUUUUCUGAAAGAACUUGCCGAAGAAGCUGAGUUUUACCAAAUACAAGGGAUACUAGAUGAAUUGAAAUCGAUUUCGAGCGUGAAACUGAAUGUUGGUGGCCAUUACUUCACAACAACUCUCCAAACACUGACCAAAGAUCGAAACUCGAGGUUAGCUGCCAUGUUUUCAGGGGAGCAUGCCGAAAACGGCACCCUUUUCCUCGACAGGGAUGGAAAACACUUCCGGUUUAUACUCAAUUAUCUGCGGAACGGAGAGCUAGUCUUACCGGAUGGUGCAACGUUUGUAGAAGAACUUUUAACUGAAGCGGAGUUCUACCAGAUUAAAGGGAUACAAAUGAAGUUGAGUAUUAGAUCGGAGAUACUCACGAAUGAGGAACAUAUCAGCCUGCUGCUAAGUUGGUUGCCCUUGCUUGACUCAGGGAAGAGGCGACAUCGCUUUCGUCUUCUCUUCCGAGCUUCUCGAGAUGGCUUCGCAGCCGCAACCUUUCACUCCAGAUGUGACAACAAAGGGCCCACUGUUACUAUUGUGAAGAGUGGAAAAAAUGUAUUUGGAGGUUUUACAGAACAGUCUUGGAAAUGUGAGUGGUAAAUUAACUUAAUUGAGUAGAAAAUAGUAGCUAAAGAUUUGAGUAGAAACGAAAGUUAAGUUAAAAUUUUGGCGUGAAACAACGAAAACGUUGGGUUCACUUCUUCGUGACUAUAAUACCGUUUUGCUUAUCUCCCUUUCUUCUCUAAACGGCUUCCGGCCAAAAGUAAUUUCAUAAGAAAACACUUCAAACGGCCCACGAAGGCGAAAAAAAAAACCACAAAGCAUCGAUUAACAUUUCAUUCAACUUUAUUGAGAUAUUUAUACCGAGAUGUAAUUUAGAUAUGCAAUUUUCAGAGUCGUGGAUUUUGUUUGUGUGAUGUCAGCAAUAAUUAACCACGAACACAUACUGUGGUCUGCCUGUGAUAAAAGGAACAUCAUCUCAUCAACAGUUCAAAACCAUGGGUCAAAUUGUAACGAAGCAUUCUUGUUCAGUAUGGUCAACCCACAUGGCCAUGAACCAACUAAAAUACCGCUUACUCUUCAACGCCGAGGGAAUUCCAUCUCAUGUAGAGCUGACCUUGGACCAACGUUUGGCGGCGAGUUUCACGGCCAGCAUGCCCUAAGAAUCUCAGACUAUGCAAACAUAUCAUACAGUGAGUCUAAUGAUAUUUAUAACGUGUAUAAUUUUCCUCCAGAACGCGAGACUUUCUUCACGGGAAAUUCACGUUUUGUUGUGACAGAUUACGAAGUGUUUUCACUCAAUUGA